AUGUAUGUGACUAGGCCUCUCUCUCACUACAUAAGAUUUCCAGAAGCUCUUUCAUCACCCCCUGAAGGGCCCAAUUCAGGUUAUUUGGUAAUCCAAGAUGAAGAAUCCCAGACUUACUGUUGUUUUGGAUUGUGCAAGAACGAGUUCCUUGAAGACCUACCAUUCCCUCAGAACAAGAUCCAACAUGUAUCUGAUGGUGAUAAUGAUGAUGCUGUUGCUUUCAUUCCAGUUCUGAAUAAGCCAUUGUCUUCCAAUCAUUAUUACGCAAUAAAGCCUCAUAGUAAACAUCAAGGGAGAAAAGGGUGGCAAAUCUAUGGCAAAACUCCCAAAGACUACGAAUUAGGCAAAGCUCCAGGCCUUAAUUCUGCCCUCUUUGCAUGCCUUCCUGAAUUUAACUUCCCAAUGUCCUAUAAAAGCUCAAAAAGCAUCAUUGUGGGGAAGUGGUAUUGUCCUUUUAUCUUCAUCAAAGAUGAACCAUUGAGCGAUCAAAUGAAACAAACGAUGUUUUAUGAGAUGAGACUCAAGCAAAGAUGGGAGCAAAUUUACUCAUGUGAGAAUAACUUCAGCGAAGGAAACAAGGUGUUUAUUGAUGUUGCUGUUCAAACAGAAGUUGUCUCAGUUGCUAGCAAGGAAGCAUUGAGCUUAGGCAAUGUAGGAGGAAGAGUAAGUGUGGGAUUGAGGGUAGAAAUUGUUCAAAGAAUGAAAUGCAAGCAAGAAAGAGCAGGCUGGCUAGGUGGGGAAGACAAGCAAGCAAUGAUGAAGAGAGUAGAGGAGUUUGGAGAGGUUGGUGAAUGGAGGAAAUUUGGAUGCUAUGUUCUGGUUGAAAGGUUCAUAUUGAAAAGAAUGGAUGGAAACUUGAGUCUACUUGGUGACUUAGCUCCUUGUUCACUUGAUAGAGAUGAAGUACUUGGCAACCUCCCUUGGAAGCAACUCUUAGUGGAGCAAUCACUAAAUCUAACUAGAGAUGUCACAGAUGAAGAGGUCAAGAGAGCAGUAUUCUCAAUCCACCCCAACAAGGCUCCAGGACCUGAUGGCUUUAAUGUUUCGGGCGAGAGCAGAAGUGUGUCUCAUGACGAUGUUGCUUUCAUUCCAGUUCUUAAUCUGCUAUUGUAUUCCAAUCGUUAUUAUGCGAUAAAGCCUCAUGGGAAUCAUAAAGGGGAAGCAUACACUUCUUCAAGGGAGGAAGACAAGGCCACUGGCCUCUUUGGCCGUAGCAUCCGAGAUGUAAAAUCAAGACCAUUGGAUCCACAUGACAUAUAUCAACAAUUUGAUAUUGCUCUUUAUGAAACAAGUUGCACUGCCAAGGGUUAUUUUUAUGCCAAGUCCGUAGCACCUGAUGGCUUCCCUCCUUCUUUUUUGAGGGCAAAAGGGUGGCAAAUUUAUGGAGAAACUCCCAAAAACUACGAAUUAGGCGAAGCUCCAGGCCUCAAUGCUGCCCUCAGAACACACCUGCCAGAAUUCAACUUCCCAAUAUCCUAUAAAAGCUCUGAAAGCGUUGUUGUGGGGAAAUGGUAUUGCCCUUUCAUCUUUAUCAAAGAUGGAAAUUUGAGAGAUCAAACGAAAAGAUCAAUGUUUUAUGAGAUGACACUUGAGCAAAGAUGGGAGCAGAUUUUCGCAUCUGAGAAUAAUUCCAGUGAAGGAAACAGUGUGUUUAUCGACGUUGCUGUUCAAACAGAAGUUGUCUCGGUUGUUGCUGGCAAGGAAACCGUGUGGAAUGAGAGAGAGGUGGUCGAUGGGGCGAUAUGGUUCAGGAGUUUUGGCAAAGUAGGAGAGGGAGUAAGUGUGGGAUUAAGGGUAGAAAUUGUUGAGAGAAUGAAAUGGGAGCAAGAAAGAGCAGGCUGGGUUGGUGGGGAAGACAGGCAAGCAAGGGUGAAGAGAGUGGAGGAGUUUGGAGGCAUUGGUGGAUGGAGAAAAUUUGGAUGCUAUGUGUUGGUUGAAAGGUUUGUGUUGAAAAGAAUGGAUGGAAGCUUGGUGACGACUUGUGAUUUCAAGCACACUCAUCAGAUCAAAAGCAAAUGGGAAUGAAGUUAUGUGUUAUCAUGUUUCAUACAUAUUCAAAAGCUCU